AUGGAUAGCACCGAAGCCUCGUCGGAUCGGCGCCUCAGGUGCACUAUAAUUGGCGCAGGGUAUGCAUCUUCUUUCGAGAUUAAGAACUAUCUCAGAGCAGUUGCAAGGCGAUUCCGUCUGGACGAGAACAUAUCGUAUGACCGCAAAGUGGUGUCGGCAACCUGGUCCGACGACACGUCCACCUGGACUGUCCAGACGAACCAUGGAGACACGGUAGAAUCCGAAAUCCUUGUCAACGCAGGGGGCAUUUUGAAUAAUCCACAAAUGCCAAAUAUAGAGGGUCUGGGUACCUUUGCCGGGCCAACUUUGCACACAGCCGCUUGGGACUCGUCCGUCGACCUUCAGGGCAAGACCAUUGCGAUAAUUGGAUCUGGCGCAAGUUCCAUCCAAGUGCUUCCUCAACUCCAAGCGAAGUGCAAGCAUAUCAACGUGUAUAUCCGCACGCCGUCUUGGAUCUGCCCGCCAGUCGUUGUACCAAAUGCCGGCAGUAGCAAUUACACCUAUCAAGACGAGGAGAGGGAGUUAUUCAGAAAGGACGAAAAAAAUUACAUCAACUCGCGGAAAGAAAUAGAAUCGCAGUUUAAUAGCAUGUUUGGCGCAUUUUUCAAGCUGAACCCGGAACAACAGGAUAUGCGGAAUCGAUUUGAAGCCCGCAUGAGAUGCAUUAUAAAAGACGAGGAGUUGCAAAGACGACUGAUCCCGUCCUUUGAAGCUGGAUGUCGCCGUAUCAACCCAGGGGAACAGUACCUUAUUUCUAUCCAGGAACCAAAUGUUCAGCCUGUUUUUGAUCCAAUCCAGCGGGCCACACCAAGCGGCAUCAUUGCGGGAGGAGUGGAAUAUCCGGCAGAUGUUAUAGUCGCGGCAACAGGGUUCAAUACAAGUUUCCGACCGAGAUUCCCAAUCAUCGGUCGAAAGGGACUCAACUUGCAGGACAUAUGGGGAAAGGAUCCAAUCUCGUACUUUGGAACCGGUGUCUCUGGUUUCCCAAACUAUCUCAUCUACUUGGGCCCAAAUACACCCAUUUCCAAUGGCAGCCUGAUGGGGCCUUUGGAAGCAACUAGCGACUACUUCAUACGUCUGCUCCAAAGAAUGAUUAGAAAUCGCGCGCUCUCCUUUGACGUACGCCAAGAUGCGCAAGAGGAUUUUGACAACCACACGAAAAGCUUCAUGAAAGGAAUGGUGUGGACGGGAACAUGUCGCAGUUGGUUUAAGCGGGCAAACGAUGGCAAGGUGACAGCUCUGUGGCCAGGAAGCUCGCUUCAUUAUAUGCAAUGCCUUGCUGAAGAUAGGUGGGAAGACUACGAAUGGAGAUAUGACAAGGAGCGCUUUGCGUACUGGAAAAAUGGAUUUUCUUGGAUCGAGAGACCCGAGAUGGAUCAAAUUGGGCUACAGGCGCAACGGUCAAUGGAAACGAUGACUACUCUGCCACGCAGCACGUCGGAUUUAGCCUUUUACAUAUGUAAGGCUGAAAACCUGUCGCGAUCAGAAAUAUCAUCGAACGGCGAGAGUCUGGUUCACAAUGUGGAGAACAUCAAGUCUGCGGAGGCAGAGAGCCUGGGAGAGCACGAUAACCUCGCUAGAGACAAGGAGCCAGCUGCAGCAGCAGACCACCCUUGUAUCACAGUCCCAGUUUAG